UCAGCAAACUAAACUGACUUCCCUUUGCACAUUUCACAAAUGCUUUUAAGUUAUUGACUUUUUCUCUGCUGUGUGUCGAUUGUCUAUGUUUGUUGAUUUGGCGAUUCAACGCUUCUUCAUAGGUCAUUUUGAGAAGGCGACCGUCACUAAAAAAGUGGCUUGUGGACAUUGAGAAACUAAAGAGGAAUUACCUAUUAUUGAAAUUCACAAAGAGCUGCACCUGUGAAGACAACCAUUUGUUGCACCUUGCAGAGUCUGCCAAAACGUUUCAUGACAUUCAAACCACCAUGAAAUCGCAUCCCCUCAAACCAUUAGUUUAGACAGUAAGAAUAGUGGCACUUUAAUCUUUUAAAAAUGACUGAAAAUAUGUAUGAGACAAACCAGUUCACUAACCAUACCAACGGAACCUAUUUGUUGGGUACGCCUCACUAUGGUGCACCUAACAUAAACUCAAUUCAGUCAUCUCCAAUGUCCCCACACCACAACCACAACCACGAGCAAUUAGCAUCUCCGGUCACACCAGGAAAUGAACUUUCUCCAGUGCUUGACAUGCCAGACAGUGCUGUGACUUGGGAUUAUAAUCAGUUUGGAAGGCCUGGCCCCUCAUCAUGGGGUUCCUGUUCUCAGGACGAACUGUCUGAGACCUCUGGUUCCUCUCGAAUCUAUCCUUAUAACUCUACAUUUACUUCCAAAUACAAUGACAAUGCUCAAUAUCCUCAAAGGUUGGAUUCGUUCUCAAAGGCCUUUCCGACUAAGAACCUUUACCUUUUCUUUGGUGAUAGUAACAGGACAGAUGAAAAUAACUCAGAAAAUAAUCACAUUUCAGGGGUUUUGCAGUUACCUCAAAGUGAAACCCUUUCAGAUGGGAUGGAUAGACAACCCUUGGAGUCUCCUAUUUUUAAUCCAAUGGCCAUUCAAGCUCAAACACAAUCAAUAUGUGAUCAGUCAGGGUUUCAUCCACCAGACAGUCCAAUGCAUGGUCUUUACCAAAACCACCAGCAGUUUAAUUAUGCGUACCAGCAACACAAACCAAAAGCAACCAACUUGGAGGAGGUCAACAGGGGUCUCCAUAAGCCACAAAGCCCUUGGCAUCAUCAGCACGGCUAUCAAGUCCAUCAAAGUCAACUAAUGUCAUAUCCAAUGGCCUUGCAUCAACAAGAACAGCUUCAUUUGCAACACAGAGGAACGUUUGCAUGUAAAACUCAUCUAAACUCUCAGGAGGGCCAUGAUUCUUCUCAAUCACCAACUUAUGGCCACAACCAAGACUAUAAGACACCAGAGCAGCAGACUUUGCAAGGUAGUCACAGUUUGAACCUUAUAUCUCCAGAUUAUCAGGACCUGCAACACAGUUGUGUAAUUUCCCAUGAAAACGGUCCUUACCAACACCAGCAGCCUCAGGAACUCGUCCAAUCAAUUUCUCUAAAGCAAAGAAGCAUGUUUGAUGAUGGUCUUUUGGCGUCGUUUGACAAACACUCCUCUGCACCCAACACACCAGUGUAUUCUAGUCCCCAAGAAGAUGGCCAGUCUGGUUUAAAGUUCCCCAGCAGGAAUGAAGAUCUUUGUAGUCCACAUUAUCAGAGCAAGCAUUCAGGGGGCAGUAAAGGCGUUCCACUGACGACUAUAAGGGGAGAUAUUUUUACUCAUCUAACCUUGCAUACACCUCACUGGCCACAGACAACUUCACCUGAUAUUCAUGCUGAAGGCAUUUCACCCCAUUACAGGGCCGAAACUGUGCUGAUGAGUGGGGAGAGAUCACGCACUAAGAUGACUUGCACCGUCUGUCAGAGGGAAUUCAAGAGUCUUCCAGCCCUGAACGGCCACAUGCGCUCCCACAGAGGAUGCAGAACACAUCAGUCAUCUCCCAAAAUGCAGAGAAAUGGACAGAUUCAUCUGUCUAGUGAGGUUUCUCAAAUCAACCCCAUCAUCUUACCGGUGUCUGUUCCGGUAAAGGAUUGCCUAGUCAACUCCAAACUUACUCUCAGUCCGCAGCGUCACCAGAAAGAUGACCCAAAUGCUUUAUCUAAGCCUUGUGCACAGCCACCCCUCGCUUCUGUGCAAAACCAACCUUCCUGUAUAAAGAGAUCAGUGUUGGAUAGAAAAUGUGUACCAAAGCAGGAAAAGAAAAGGUACCAUCACUGUCUGGUUCCUUUAAUGAUUCCUCCACUCAGCGGCGGUCAGGAGUCCAGAGGAGCUGUGCUCUUCCGGAGUCAGCUGCGGUCAGCAAGCAGUAUGGGAGAUGAUGUGCCCUACACCCCUCCACCCAUGCUCAGCCCCAUACGCCCCGGGUCAGGCCUCUUCACAGCGGUCAAUGGAAGGGGCAACAUUGGGAGGGCAGUGUCUGCCAUAAAUGCGCACCACUCUCCAGCUAGUGAUAUGGACGGCUGUGCGGUGACUUCAGCAGACAAAAACAUUCAUGUAACACCUCGGAUAAAUAUUGGCAAAGAAUUUCAAGCCAACAUCCCGGAAAUGAGGAGUCAGUCCAUUACAGAGAAAGAUACCCAUAAUGCUGUGCUUUUAUGGAUGCCCACUGAAGACCUGGAGAACACAGACCACCAGCGGAAAGUGGACAAUCUUUUGAAAAUGGCUUGCUCUAGUGUUCUACCAGGAGGGGGAAUUAAUACUGAAUAUGUCCUCCAUUGUCUUUUUGAAUGCAGAGGAGAUAUUAUGAAUACCCUCGAAAGACUUCUCUUGCCAACACUAUGGAAAAACAGAUCCAGCGUUAAAACAGACUAUCAUUACGCAGGCUCAGAUAAGUGGACUCUUCAAGAAAAACGGCAGCUGAACAAAGCACGUUUAAUUCAUCACAAAGACUUCAAUCUAGUCCAGAAAAUGGUCAAGACGAAGUCAGUUUCUCAGUGUGUUGAAUACUAUUACACAUGUAAGAAGAGCUUGCGUCUAGGUUCAAGAGGUAAUACAACUAUUACUACACCUGUUCAGAAACGACAGGGGGACUGGUUGAUAAGCAACACCGCACAACCAGACAAAGUAGCCAAGUGCCAAACCAGGAACUCUGAAAUAUCGGACAACUCCAACACUUUGUUUAUCAGUGAGGUGUCAAAUGCAAUGAAUGGAGAAACGUGGAACCAGAACAAUCUCGGGCUGCUCUGUAGCUCUCCAGCAGAACACAGAACUUCAACUUUGACUCAGGCGUCGGGUUCGGGUUCUGCGAGAAGCGCUCCUUCCAACAGCACCACCACUGGAGAUACUGAUUCAGCCCUCAUAUUUGCCUGCACCGAGUGUGGAAAGGUGUUUCUAAAGGCUAAGAGUCGAAAUGCCCAUAUGAAGACACAUCGUCAGCAGGAAGACAAGAAGUUGAUGCAGUUUCCCAGGGUUCCUCAACAAGACACCAAUAAAGCAACAUAUAAGCCUUCAUUCUUUACCUUGUGAUGGUAUUGCAGAAGUUAAAAGAUUACCUUUAAAUGAUGUGGAGUCUGUCCAGGAAAUUGAUUGCCAUCUGAAGAAACUUACAUUUACGUUUAUGCAUUUGGCAGACGCUUUUAUCCAAAGCGACUUACAGUGCACUUAUUACAGGGACAAUCCCACCAGAGCAACUUGGAUUAAGUGUCUUGCUCAAGUACACGAUGGUGGUGGCUGUGGGGGUCAAACCAGCAACCUUCUGAUUACCAGUUAUGUGCUUUAGUCCACUACGCCACCACCACUCCAACUUCCUGACCUACAUAGUCUACUGUUUAAUAUUAACGAUAUAACCAAAUGUAUAUUGGUGUAAAAAGCACAUAAUGCUUUUUUCUGCUUUGCAUCUUCAACAUCUGUGCAUUAUUUGACUUUGUAUCAUAUUUCACUUUUAAUAAA